ACCAAACUGGCAACUUCAACAGAGUGGAUGAAGAAGCUUCAUAUUUGUUGCAGCUUCAUUCCAAAGAAAAAGGAUAAUUAUUCAAAUGGAACAGUUGUGGAAGUGAGCAUUCCAAUCGGCUAUGCGAUGGAAAACCACACUGUAGUUGAGGAAACAACGAUCAAUCCCAUCAGUAAAAUCGAAAUACUACAUGAUGGAACAACGGUGAUCGUACACUACAACCAUAUAGGUAACGAGUCGAAAUGCUUCAACGUGUUUGCAUACAGAAGGUAUAAAAACCGAGUCAGACAUCCAUCAUACAUCAAGGUUCAAGACACCUAUCGACCAGAAUUAAAUGCAGUGAAGAUGUUCGAUUUCCAUUAGUGCGAAAUGAAAUCUGCCCCCGACUUGAAGUAACCUCUCAUCUAACAGCUACAUCAGGUUUUGUUCGCUAAGGCUUAAUUGGUUACAAUUCUUAAACAUACCAACCAAUGCUGAAGAUAUCUUGUUAACUUUACUUUAGUGCCAGAAAUCGUGAAGGAACGCUUUCUAAUAACAACUGUGUUAGCUGUGUCACCGAUGGACAAAGCUGGGCACUCGUAUGUAUCCUGGAAUACGCAUCAAUAAACGAAAGCAUUAGAGUCAUGCUGAAAAACAAACUAAAACUAACAAUGCUAGAUACUCUCAUUUAUCAUACUCGUUACACUUUAA